CACACAUAAAGUAAAGGAGGAUUGGCAGCAGAUGUUAGCUCAGGGCCAGUCUUCCUAAAAAAAAGAAGUUUUUAUUGUUCCUGAAAAUGGGAAUGUAAGAAAAACAUAAUUAUCAGAAUGUGAUGUAAGAAAGUAAAUGCCUCAAGGAAUACAGUAGACAUCCCGCUCCUUGUCUAGAGGCAGGUCCUCCCCCGAUGUUCCCUUCUCACCCGCUGUGCUCCAGCCUGCCUCAGCUUCUCCCUCCUCCACCUCAUCAGCAUGGUCAGCAGAGGCCCUUCUAGAGAUGAAAGCAGCUCAGACCAGGAAUGGGGGUGUGCAAAUUCACAGGGCAAAAACCCUGAUCCUCACUUGGAUGUGCUAGUUGGCAGGGAACUGACUCAGAGAAAAGGGUGUGGCAGCUCUUCUAAGAUUAGAUCCACCCUCUAUGGUGUCUGUGUGUGUAUCUGUGUGUUUGUGAGUGUGUUCCCAAUGACUUUUCUGCUUGAAACUUGUGACUGCUGAGGGCUUUCCCACAUAACCUCUUAGUCGCAAUUCACUUGCUGGAAUGUCUUCUUCUCUAACACCCUAAGCACCAGCCACUCUGGCCCACCAGCCAGUCCUCACCAUCGCGCUUCCAGGCUUUCUGUGCUGGCCUAUCCUCUGUCAGGUAGUCUGGUUGCCACUGGUCACGACCCUGUGGAACUUCAGAGCUGAGCACAAAUAUCAUCUCCCGUUAAGUCUUCCUUACCCUGCUGUUUUAGUCACAGUUCUCCAGAGACCCAGGACCGGAUUGAUGUGGAGAGAGAGAGAAUGACUAGAAGGAAUGGGCUCAUUUGAUAACGGAGGCCAUCGAGUCCACAAUCUGCCGUGUAGACUGGCUCCCUGGAGCCCAGGGGAGCCAAUGCUGCAGAUGAAGUCUGAAGGCAGUCUGAUGGGGCAUUCCCUCUUCUUAGGGGACGUCAGUCAUAUUGUCCCUUCCAGGCCUUCAACAGAUUUGACAAGACCUACUGACAUCGUGGAGGACAAUCUCCUUUACUCCAAGUUCACCAAUUUAAAUGUUCAUCUCAUCCAAAUCGUUCUCCAAAUUGACAGAUAAAAUUUCCCAUCACACAUCCCCAAGAUAAUGAAUCAUCUUCUCUGCCCUCCUCUGGGUCCUCACACCUGAGGCCGCAGUAAGCACAUCACACUUGGUGAGAGGGAUUUGUAUACUCGUGUGCUCCACAUUCACGUGGGCAUUGGGAAUACAAUUUGUCCCCGUAUCACUUUUGCUACAGAGCCUAGGAACAUGCUGUUGCUCAUUCACUCUGAGAUCAAUGAAGUCCCUUGAGGAACAGGAGCUGAGAGAGGGCUCUCCUCCUGCAUGGGGCCCACUUUACAGCACAACCAUCCAUGGUGAAAGCGUACCCGAAUCUAUGAGUCUAAUUGCACCUCCACUCACUUCAUCGCUAUGAAUGCUGCCCAUCCCCCACAGUGAAGCCCCAAUGCAUCCUCAUCUUGGUCUUUGUGAGGGUGGCGGAUGUGGUGAGCCAAAAUGAGAGGGAGGUUGGGGUCCAGUGGGCCCUGCCUGCUGGGAGGGUCUUUGCCUCCUGUGAGGACUGGGGAGACCCUGAGUCCCACUCUGCCCCAUCCAUGAGCCUUUUCCCCUUCCAAUGAGGAAAAUACACUAAGGCCUCCUACUGCACAUGUUCUCCAUGUGGAGAGGAUGAGCUCCAGGGGAGGAGAAGUCCCCAACAUCCGGAGGCUGUGGGAAUGUGGAGGAGGCCCGUGCCAGGACACAGGGCCUGGGUGCACUUGAGGACAGGGACAUAGGAUGGCAGCAAAUUCUGUGAAAUGCCAGGUAUAAAGGAGGUUAGAAGGUUCUGGCCUGAUUUGCUAGGUUCUUUUUGCAGGAGGGGCCUGUGCUGGGUGGUGUGGAAGAUCAGAGAAACACAGGGAGUGGGCAGGACCCAGGUUUGUGUGGGGCAAGGUCUUGGUGGGCCCAGGUGAUCUGUGUGUGGGAAGAGACUCCCAUGCAUAGGGCUGGGGGACAGGAGCCUGGGUUGAAUCCCUGGGAGGGGGCAACCAGGAAGGGCCUGGCAGCCCAACCGGGUGAGGUGGGUGAAGUGGGCAAUUGACUGGGAGAACAGGAGGAGGGCAGAAGGCUGGCAUUAGAUCAAUGGUGGGAUGGCCUGGUGGGAGGAGGACAGGCCUCUGUGGGAACCUGGGCUGUUCCCGGCUCACCUCCAUGCAGGCUCCUGGUCCCUAGACUCACACCAGGCCCCAGAUUGUGAGGAAUUGGCUCCUGAAGCAAUUUUAAUGGAAGUGCACUAUAGAUCACACUUCCAGAAACAGGAAUUGGGUAUCUGGAUGAAAUUCUGGCUGCUUUCCCUCUGCUAUCUUCUUCAUCUUUCAUUGCAUCAAUUUCCACAUUUGUAACUUACGAAAUGCUGCCUCAGGGAAUGACAAGAGAUUCAAUGAAGACAUGGUCCAGGUGACCCUGAGAGGACUCAGGUGCAAGCAUCAUGCUGAGGACUCACCUCAGGUCUCCUAACUCAGGUGUGAGUGCUGCCUGGUCGGGAGUCCUGGACCAGGGUCGCUGGUGAUGAGAGAAACAGACCAUGCACUGCAUUCCUCUGUCACUUCAAGCGCCUUUGACUUGUGGAAUUAAAGCCCCAUCAGGCCCUACUGGGGAGAAAUCAAGCAUCUUUCUCACCCUCAACAUGCGAUUGUUUCCCUCCUCAUGUCCUGGUGAGUCCACAAUUGCUGCAAUGCCUGGCGAACAGUGUGAGAAGCUCACAGCCACAGAGGCUAAACCAGCAGUGCAGGAUCAGCGGCCCGGGGAGGAGAACCCUCUAGAUGCCUCCAGGUUGCUCCAGAGCCGCUUUGAAUCCUUGCCUGCAGCAGAAACUCCUAAAUACACAUUUGGAACUCUGCACCCCAAACUUUCCCAAACACGGGUUAAUUUAUUUACAAAAAGGUCUUGGGCUCCGCUGGGAUCAAAACUACUAGAAAACAUUCUGUCGAUGACAGGACAGCUAAGGGCUGUGUUCAGCCCCUUUCAUUAAGACGGGAGUGUUCUCGAGAAGGAAAAUCUUGUGUCAUUUAAGAAGAGAGGAAAGAUUGUGAACACGGGACAGAGACGGGAGGGCCAGGGGUGGGGUGCAGGAAAGAAGGGCUGAGGGGCAGGGGGAAAAGGGAGAGAGACUUCGGUUACAGGAGGAGACUGGAAAUAAUGAGUAACGCGAGUCACCAGACCCACCAGACCCAGACCAGGAGAACGACGGACGCUAGGUGAGGGAUGGGAGGCGAGCAAUGACGCAAGGAGUCGCCUGGCAAGGCUGGGAAGGCGGGCGAGGAGGGCGAGGAGGGCGGGCCCUGGGGAAUAGCUCAGGAGACAAAGUCCGGCCCCGUGCACAGAACACUUAGUCUGCGGCCGACGGGACCGAGAGCUGGGUUCCCAUCCCCGUUGCAAGUAGCCAUGGGGUGGACCGCGGCCUCCAAGUUCUGUCUCGGCCUCCUGCCCCUGCUCCUGCUCCCGCAGCGGGACUGGCCCCGGGCGGCACACGCUCCCUCUCUUUGCUAUGAGUUCACCCUCAUUCCUAAGCCCAGCCCUGGACAAUCCUGGUGUGAGGUUCAAGGCCAGGUCGAUGAAAAGACUUUCCUUUCCUAUGACUGUGGCAGCCAGGAGGUCAAAUCCUUGAGUCUCCUGGGAGAGGAGGUAAAAGGCACGAGGGCCUGGCAAGAACAGGUGGAAACGCUGAGAGACGUGGGGAACUUGCUCAGACAGCAACUGCUGGACGUUAAACCGGAGAAACACACGGACAGGGACCCUCUCCCGCUGCAGGGCAGGAUGCUGUGUCAAUGUGAAGCCAAUGGACACACGCGCGCAUCCUGGCAGUUCGGCUUCCAUGGACAGAUGUUCCUUCUCUUUGACUCGGAGAACAAAACCUGGACUGUGCUUCACCCUAGAGGCAGACGGAUGAAAGAGAAGUGGGGGAGUGACAGGGAUGUGACAGAGUUCUUCAGGAAGAUCUCCAUGGGCGACUGCAGGAGCUGGCUUGAAAGUUUCCUGGUGCACUGGGAGAAAAUGCUGGAGACAACAGCAUCACCAACUGUGGCCGCAGUUAAAGGCCAAUCCAGGGCCACAGUCAUCACACCCAUCGCCUGGAUCCUCCUGGUGACUCUCAGCUGCUCUAUUCUCCUUGGCAUCCGAGGCUGAGUCCUUCACGGUAACAGGCUGAUGAUGCUCCCGAGGAGGUCCUGGGUGUGUGGUCCGUGUCACGACUCUGCCUUUUGUUUGGCUGCCUUUGGAUCACCUGCUGUUCAUUUCAAGACCACCAGGAGCUCAGACCUUACAAAUCCAGAGACCACCAUGAGAUCACGAUGAGACAAUCUAUGCGACAUCUCAGGUCCCUUACUGCAUUGGGCGGUUCUCCUAUUCAGUGCCUUUUGUUAACAUAUAGUGCCCCUUCUUCUUGGUGCUCAGUGGUGGGAUUCCUGCACUUCAACCUGAACUACUUGAACAAGAAAUAUGAGGAAUAUGAAGGAGAACAGUUUCCAUCUUGUCUGCAUCGUGACCCUGUUCUUGUAAAUGAUAUUGUCAGAAAAUUAUCAUGUCAGACUGCAGAACCUCAGGGAUUCUUUCUCUGUUCUGAAAACCUCCUUGUCUUUUCAAUGGAACAAUGUUUUGUUAAUGAUUUUUGCCUUUAGUAACUUACUACCCUUCAAUGACAUUUAAUUAAAUAUCUCUAUAAUCUAAAA